AGACAAAAAAUCCUUUGCACAUUUACGUGCUGUUCUGUGGAUUAUUAACCCGUAUUAUGAACAUUGUUACACCAUAUACACUCCAUACAUAGACACUGAUAUCUUCCUAACAUCGUCGGUGAUAUAAACUGUGAAAUCAUAAAGACAAACGUUUUGUCUUCCACCAGACGUAGUUGCGCCUGCGCGAGAAUUCGCAAAAAAACGCGAACUUCCACAGCCACUAUUCAAUCACCUUUUCUGCUUGCUUCUUGUCUCGUAAUGUACUACUGUAUGUUAAGGUCUUUCAGGGGGAAUAACUUCAUACAACUCGCAAGAGCUUCAGUCUCACAGAAUCCACAGUUAUGGGAUACAUCAUUAAAGCUUUGCACCGCAUGUCACACCACACAUUCACGUAUUUCACCCUUAACACACAUUCUGCAAAGACACAGGUCUCAGACAGCAUCAUAUCGCUGUAUGAGCUCCACUGUACGAAGGAGACGGAUGCCAAGUGCCUUUCCAGUUAUAGAUGGAACAUUUCAUCCAUUUCACAAGCACGUAUAUGAAGCAAAUCUCAGGAACAGCCUGAUAUGUCAGCAAAAGUACCUUGACCACAAGCAAAAGGUCUUCAAAGGGGGUGGUGAAAACGCCAUAGCUAGACAUACGCAGAGGAAUCGAAAAGUCCUGGUACGAGAAAGACUCCGCAUGCUGUUGGAUGAUGAAAAUUAUUUAGAGCUUUCUCCUUUCGCUGGAUUUGGACUGCCUUAUGGAGACAUCCCAUCAGCAGGCUGUCUUACAGGAAUCGGUCAGAUUAAUGGACUAUGGUGUGUGUUCAUCGCAAAUGAUGCUACUGUGAAAGGAGGCACAGCAUAUCCCAUUACAGUUAAAAAGCAGCUUAGGGCGCAAGACGUGGCCAUGCAGAAUCGCCUGCCCUGUGUAUAUUUGGUAGACAGCGGUGGCGCAUUUCUGCCUUUACAGUCAGAAAUCUUUCCUGAUAAAAAUCAAGGAGGUCGGACCUUUUACAAUGAAGCGGUUAUGUCAGCAAUGAAGAUUCCACAGGUGGCAGUAGUGUGUGGGUCAUGCACUGCUGGUGGUGCCUACGUGCCAACUAUGGCUGAGGAGGCGGUGAUUGUCCACAGGAUAGGAACAAUAUUUUUGGGAGGUCCACCACUGGUAAAGGCUGCGACUGGGGAGGAGGUUUCUCCAGAGGACCUGGGAGGAGCCAGGCUACACUCAGAAGUGAGCGGCUGUGUGGAUCAUUUUGCCACAGUUGAGAGUGAAGCAUAUGAGUAUGCCAGAAACAUCAUCUCCACCCUAAACUAUGAGCUCCCGGAGGAGACAAGCACUCGUCCUGAGGAGCCCUUGUACAGUAUUGAUGAUCUCAUGGGUCUUGCCCCACGGAGCUAUGAGUACAGUAUGGAUAUCAGACUAAUUGUAAGUCGACUGACUGAUGGGAGUCGAUUUCAGGAGUUCAAGGCGCGUUAUGGUACCACCCUUGUCACAGGAUUUGCCAGAGUUGAAGGUCAUCAGAUUGGAAUUGUGGCAAAUAAUGGCGAAUUGACUUAUGAAGCUUCCCUGAAAGGCAGUCAUUUUGUCCAGCUGUGUGAUCAAAGAGACAUCCCCCUGGUUUUCCUACAGAACACAUCACCAGUGCCUCCACACACCCUCUCACAAGCCAAGGCAGAAUCCAACACUAACAGACUAAAAGCUCAGGGAUCUAUGAUGUCUGCUGUGGCCUGUGCCUCAGUUCCCAAAAUCACUGUUGUAAUUGGAGGAUGCCACGGAAGUGAUAGCUAUGCUAUGUGUGGAAGGGCUUUCGACCCUAACUUUCUGUUCCUGUGGCCCAAUGCUAAAGUGUCCAUUUUGGCACCGGGCCACUCGGAUGCACUGGUGCAGACAGAAGAGGAAAUCACUCAGAUUAAUGAGAUGUUGGAGGAUGAGAGUUCAGCUUUCUUCUCCACUGGCCGACUGUGGGAUGAUGGAGUUAUUCUACCUCAAGACACCAGAAAGGUUUUAGGCAAGUGUUUGAAAAUUAUUAAACAACAAGAAUAUCAGUUGUCCAGGGAAAAGAUGAGGACACCUCUUCUCCGACUGUAACUCAUUGGACUUUAAACACGUAUAAUGUGUUUUAUAUAAUGAAUAAUAAAUGUCUAUUUUAUUACAAA